CGCGAAUUUAUUUGUCGUUUUGGGUCUCUGAAUAUCUAAGGUCGAAAGGGAAUUUCUUCUCCUUCCUCCCGCUUUCUCGUUGAGGAAUUCUAAUUUCUAACCCUAAAAUCACACCAUCCAGAAGAACACUUGCAGUCCCACUCACAGAUCCAACACAGGUUGGUCUUAGAUUGACUUCAAUGAAAAGCAAAACAAGAUGUCUCAAGAGAUGUUGGUGAGUUACGAUGAUCCCUCAGACCAACCAUCUUUGUCCUUGGAUGAUACCAGCAGUAGCGCAGAGGAAUCACCAUCUGAUACAAGACUCUCAUUGGAGACUUGUAAUGAUCCAAUUCCCUAUAUUGGACAAAGGUUUGCUACUCAUGAUGCAGCUUAUGAAUUCUACAGUGAAUUUGCCAAGCAUUGUGGCUUUUCAAUUCGUCGUCACCGGACUGAAGGAAAAGAUGGGGUUGGAAAAGGACUUACCAGACGAUACUUUGUCUGCCACCGAGCUGGUAACACACCCGUCAAAACUUCAAAUGAUAGCAAACCUCAGAGAAACCGAAAAUCUUCCCGGUGUGGAUGUCAGGCAUACAUGAGAAUCAGCAAGACCACUGAAUUAGGAGCAACAGAAUGGCGGGUGACGGGGUUUGCUAACCACCACAAUCAUGAACUUCUAGAACCGAACCAAGUUCGUUUCCUUCCUGCUUAUAGAACCAUAUCAGAUGCAGACAAGAGCCGGAUUCUUAUGUUUGCCAAGACGGGAAUUUCAGUGCAGCAGAUGAUGAGACUCAUGGAGCUUGAGAAGUGUGUGGAACCAGGGUAUCUACCAUUCACUGAGAAGGAUGUGAGGAACUUGCUCCAGUCAUUCAGGAAAUUGGAUGCAGAGGAUGAGAGCAUAGACUUGUUACGGAUGUGCAGAAACAUUAAGGAGAAAGAUCCCAAUUUCAAAUUCGAGUACUCCCUUGAUUCAAAUAACAGGUUGGAAAAUAUUGCAUGGUCAUAUGCAUCAUCAAUCCAGUCAUAUGAGAUAUUUGGAGAUGCAGUGGUAUUUGAUACAACACAUCGCUUGACUGCAUUUGACAUGCCACUAGGGAUAUGGGUUGGAAUAAAUAAUUAUGGCAUGCCUUGCUUCUUUGGUUGUGUGCUUCUCCGAGAUGAAAAUGUGAGAUCGUUAUCGUGGGCAUUAAAGGCAUUCCUUGGAUUCAUGAAUGGGAAAGCUCCACAAACAAUAUUAACUGACCAGAAUAUGUGUCUUAAAGAAGCUAUAGCCAUGGAAAUGCCAACGACAGAACAUGCACUUUGCAUAUGGAUGAUUGUGGCAAAAUUCCCAUCCUGGUUUAAUGCUGUUUUGGGAGAACGAUAUAAUGAGUGGAAGGCUGAGUUCUUUCGACUCUAUAAUCUAGAGUCAAUUGAGGAUUUUGAACUAGGAUGGAGGGACAUGAUCGAUUCUUUUGGGCUGAAAACGAACAGGCACAUCAUCAACCUGUCUACCUUACGAAAUCUCUGGGCAUUACCUUACCUGAGAAGCCAUUUCUUUGCUGGACUCACCUCCGCUGGCCAUUCCAAGUCAAUAAAUGCUUUCAUCCAACGGUUUUUGAGUGCUCAAACCCGACUUGCUCACUUUGUGGAACAAGUAGCUGUCGCUGUUGAUUUUAAAGAUCAAGCUGCAGAACAACAAACGAUGCAGCAGAAUGUCCAGAACAUUUGUCUGAAAACCGGGGCUCCUAUGGAAUCCCAUGCUGCUUCAGUCCUCACUCCAUUUGCCUUCUCUAAGCUCCAAGAACAACUCGUUUCGGCGGCCCAUUAUGCGUCAUUCCAGAUGGAAGAUGGUUUCCUUGUUAGGCACCAUACAAAAAUUGAUGGAGGUCGGAAAGUUUACUGGGUUCCACGGGAAGGCAUGAUAAGUUGUAGCUGCCAUCACUUUGAGUUCUCUGGAAUUCUCUGUAGGCAUGCCCUUCGCAUUCUUUCGACAGGAAAUUGCUUCCAGAUACCAGAGAGGUAUCUUCCCCUUCGUUGGCGCAGGAUAAGCAACCCCGCUGUCAAGCUUCUUCAAAGUUCUCCAACUGGUCACGGAGAAAGAAUCCAACUCUUGCAGAGCUUGGUAUCGACCCUUGUCACUGAGUCUGCUAAGUCAAAGGAUAGACUAGAUCUUGCGACUGAGCAAGUUUCGAUCUUAUUAUCUCGUGUCAGAGACCAUUCAGUUUCAUAACCUGCUAUAAGAGAUAUUUCCUCCAUUCACAGAAAUUUAUGACAAGGGAAGAGUUUAAUUAGUUAGAGCUAGAUCAGUAGAGCUCAACUUAGUGAGGGCUGGGAAUUGGCUUGCGAGAAGAUCUUGGGACGAAAUUUCUUCUUUCUUUUCUUUUUUGGUAGUUUUAGGGUUUUAACCCAUGCAAGCAGGAGUUGAAUAUGUUGCUAUUAAAAAUCCUUUGGCUUUCCUGCUUUAAGUACGAUCAAUGGGGUUCAUGAGGAUUCUGAUAUGUACAAAUAUAUACAUUAAAUACAUGGGUAAAAUACAGGGUUAAUAUCACUUUUGCA